CGCCCCCACUGCACACGGCCUGGCUGCCCGCGGCGCCAGCUCUGAGGAGGACGCGGGCGAGCGGAGGACGCGGCGGAGGCCGGAGGACGUGAACGGGUGCGGAGUGGCGGCGGGUCCCGGGGUUCCCGGGGUCCCCAGGCGCCCGGGCCCCCGCCCCCGGCCCCACCCGGGCUCGCAGCCCCACGCGGACAUGGUGUAGCCGUCGCCGCCGCCGCCGCGUCGGACGCCGCCCCCCCGAGUCGCGGCCGAGAAGCCGGGCCCGCCGCCGGCGCCAUGAGUGAACAGAGUAUCUGUCAGGCGAGAGCUGCUGUGAUGGUUUACGACGAUGCCAACAAGAAGUGGGUGCCAGCUGGUGGCUCCACAGGGUUCAGUAGAGUCCACAUUUAUCAUCACACGGGCAACAACACGUUCAGAGUGGUGGGCAGGAAGAUCCAGGACCACCAGGUCGUGAUAAAUUGUGCCAUUCCUAAAGGGUUGAAGUAUAAUCAAGCUACACAGACUUUCCACCAGUGGCGAGAUGCUAGACAGGUGUAUGGCCUCAACUUUGGCAGCAAGGAAGAUGCCAAUGUCUUCGCAAGUGCCAUGAUGCAUGCCUUAGAAGUGCUGAAUUCACAGGAAGCAGCCCAGAGCCAGGUUACUGCUACCCAGGACAGCACUAAUUUGCGAUGUAUUUUCUGUGGGCCAACAUUGCCUAGACAGAAUUCACAGCUACCUGCUCAAGUUCAAAAUGGCCCAUCCCAAGAAGACUUGGAAAUUCAGAGGAGGCAACUGCAAGAACAGCAACGACAAAAGGAGGUGGAGAGGGAAAGGUUGGAGAGAGAGAGGCUGGAAAGGGAAAGGUUGGAGAGAGAGAGGCUGGAAAGGGAGCGCUUGGAACAAGAGCAGCUGGAGAGAGAGAGACAGGAGCGGGAACGUCUGGAGCGCCUGGAGAGGGAGCGGCUGGAGCAGGAGCGGCUGGAGCAGGAGAGGCUGGAGCGGGAGCAGUUUGAAUGGGAGCGAGAGCGCAGAGUCUCUGGUGCUGCUCCGUCUCCAGACAGCCCCCUGUAUAGCGCUCCACCUCCUGACUACCCCAGUUGCCAGCCUUCUCCAGCACCUCCUCCACCACACGCCAAAGUCAUCUCAGCUCCAGUGUCAGACGCUACUCCUGACCACGCUGUUGUGGCUGCUUUGCCACCUGCUUCCACACCCCCUACACCACCACUGCGACACUCAGCGACACGUUUUGCAACAUCUCUAGGCUCAGCCUUCCACCCUGUUCUCCCCCAUUAUGCUACAGUUCCCCGUCCUCUGAACAAAAACUCUCAGCCUUCUUCCCCUGUGAACACACCCUCUUCUCAGUCUCCAGCAGCAAAGCCCUGUGCCUGGUCCCCUUCUAGUUUCUCUCCUCUCCCUCCAUCUCCUCCUAUCAUGAUCAGCAGCCCCCCUGGCAAAGCUGCCGGUCCGAGGCCCGUCCUUCCUAUCUGUGUAUCUUCUCCUGUGCCCCAGAUGCCCCCCUCACCGACAGCACCUGCUGGGCUGCUGGACUCUGUGCCAUGCCCAGUGUCUCCACCACCUACCUCAGGGCCGCCGCCCCAACCACCACUGUCCCAUGGCAGAACUUCACCUGCCCCUCCUAGCACCCUCCUUGCCUCAACCCCCUCAUCCAAGCCCAGUGUUCUCCCUUCUCCCUCUGCAGCUGCCCCUGCCUCUGCGGAGACUCCUCUAAACUCUGUGCUGGGAGACUCCUCUGCUUCUGAGCCAGGUUUGCAGGCAGCCUCUCAGCCGGCCGAGACUCCAACCCUGCAGGGCAUUGUCUUGGGACCACCCGCACCUCCACCCCCUCCUCCUCUCCCACCAGGACCUGUCCAAACCCCAGCUCCUCCUCCUCCCCCAGGACCCCCACCCCCACCCCCACUACCAUCAUCUGGGCCUCCCCCACCCCCUCCUCCCCCUCCUCUGCCCAAUCAGGUACCCCCUCCUCCACCACCACCUCCUGCCCCGCCCCUCCCUGCAACUGGAUUUUUCUCUGGACCUGUAUCAGAAGAUAAUCGCCCUUUAACUGGACUUGCAGCUGCAAUUGCUGGAGCAAAACUUAGGAAAGUGUCACGGAUGGAGGAUGCCUCUUUCCCUAGUGGAGGGAACACUGGUGUGAACUCAGCCUCCUCCAAAGCCGACUCUGGUCGUGGGAAUGGGCCUCUUCCUCUAGGGGGCAGCGGCUUAAUGGAAGAAAUGAGUGCCCUGCUGGCCAGGAGGAGAAGAAUUGCUGAAAAGGGAACAACAAUAGAAGCAGAACAAAAAGAGGACAAAACUGAAGAUUCUGAGCUUAUAACUUCAAAGGCCUCUUCAACAAAUGUACCUGAACCAACCAGAAAGCCUUGGGAAAGAGCAAAUGCAGUGAAUGGCAGCAAGUCCCCUGUCAUCUCCAGACGGGAUUCUUCAAGGAAAAAUCAGAUUGUUUUUGACAACAGGUCCUAUGAUUCAUUACACAGACCAAAAUCCACACCCUCAUCACAGCCCAGUGCCAAUGGCGUCCAGACAGAAGGGCUCGACUACGACAGGCUGAAGCAGGACAUUUUAGAUGAAAUGAGAAAAGAAUUGGCAAAACUAAAGGAAGAGCUCAUUGAUGCAAUUAGGCAGGAACUGAGCAAGUCAAAUACUGCAUAGAAAAGCAAAAGGAGAGAGAGAACUUUAAUCUGGUGAGGAAAAAAUCCUACAAACAGUAACCUUCUAUAACAACCCAUACAGUUUUGUGCCUGUGAGAAGAAAAUGGAGACAAGAAGUCAGAAGGAAGGAACUAACACCCUCUGAAAGCGUUCAGGCAUUGUGAGUCAGUGGUCGCCGUCCCUCCCCACUGGCUGCUUUUCUCUGACCUGUCCCAUAGAAUGGAAGAGCAGUGGACGAGUUCCUCCAACAGUUGAACAGAAAAUACGAAGCCCAUCUAUCAGACAAGAGCAACUUACAUUGAAAUGUUUUCAUGUUGAGAUAAAGCCACACAUUUUACACAGCCUAUUGCUAAAAUAAAGAGAAAGGCUUAUGGAGUUCUUUUUCAAAGAAUGGUGAUGAAGAAUUUAGCAAGUUCUGCUGUUGUAUUGUAAAUGUUUCUCUCAGGUCUGUCUUCCUAUCAUAUUUGAUAUUCCAUGAAUAAUUGAGAUCAGGCUGUGUGUAGGUUAAGAUCAUAAAAUGUGGAACAAAUGGGAUUGUAUAUGCUUUCAAAGGGUGGCGUUUGUAAGAAAGUAUCCUAAAGAUGAUUGGUCCAGCUUAAGGAAUUUUAGAAUGAUAGGAAGUCUCUCGAGUUAGCCUUCAUGCAAUUUUGUAGUUUAAAACAUAAAUUCAUCCAGAAUUUAAAAAUUUAGAUGCCUUCCUAAAUUGUUAAAAUGCUUUACCAAAUCUAUGACUUCUACAUAACACAAACCAGUGGUCAAAUGUAAAACAGUAUAUUGUAGAUUUACUGUAGGUUUACAACCUUUUUUAGAUUUAUGCAUGUGGGCAUUUUUAUAACAGUCACCACAAAGUUAGCUUUUUUUAUUGCAGACAGUAAUGCAUGUCACACUAAUAUGUAGUGGCUUUUUCAAGGCCUAGUCCCAGGGAAAACAUUUUGUAGAGUAUAGGGGAGUGGGAGGAAGGAAAGGAAUUACUUUUUAUUUAAAGUUAAUUUCUGCACUUUUUUCUCAAUUACCUGCAUGAAUAGUAACGAGAACUAUUUUGUGACUUUAAUUGGUAAAUAUGUUAACAAAACCAAGUGCAUAUCUUCUACAUCAUGUCUUUAGCUAUAUUGUAUUUUAACCAGUAAUUCCAAGGGUCUGACACAUGAAUCUGAGCUUCACCUGAAUUGUAUCUUACUGUGGCACUCAGUCAGGUGUCACCAUCACCGGCAGUGACACAGGUAUUCAGACGCACAGUCUGGUAUGAAGGUGCUUUUGAAUUUUGUGUUGAAAUACAAGAAAUGACAAUGACGACAGCAAUUAAGGUCACAGAAAUCAUUGGGUAAAGGGUAAACAAAGAAGAGUCUGCAGUUUCAAUAAACAAAGCCAGGCAUAGGUGGGAAGUAGGAGUCAAAUACUGUUACCACCAUGUCGUGUGGGUGAGUGAGCACUAGUGUGUGCGCUGUAUGUGUGAUACACUCCAUUUUCUCCAAAACUGGUAAGAUUAAAAUAGGGAAGAAGUCCUUUAUGUUGCAAUAAUAGCUUUUUUAGGAAAUCAGAAAUUCUUCCAAGUUCUCCAUCCUGAUUUAUGCUUGAGUUGUUAUGUGCCAUAUUUGCUUUAAAAUCUUUGAUUAUUGGAACUUAUACUAAAAUUCUUGUGAAAUAAUACACUUUCAUCUGCUUUCUAGGUUUUAUAAAUCCCCAGCUUAAGGCAAAGCUUGUUGAUAGCAUUAUUUUCUAAAUGAUGCCCCUGGGCAGUCAUUUCCACUACAGAGAAGUAUGGAUGACAGGAUUUUCUUUCAUGUUAAGAUAAUUGGUUUCUGUGGAAACUUCAUGCUAGAUGAAUCUGUGAUGGAUGAGCUGUAGUAACUCAAGCAUCCUGCUCUUCUUUCCAUCAAGUAUUCAUUGUCAGGCAGUUGUAGUACAGGCUUUAUGAAUGCAACAAACUUAAAAAUUUCUGUUCUCUAAAAGAAAUGGGAGGCAUUUUCAUCUUUAUUACUGUACUUGGGGUUAUGUAAACUCUUUGACAUACAAACAUUUAUGCCCUUUAUAAAUCUGGCAAGAAAUCAUUAGGUUUUCUUGGGUAAAUUAAGUAGUGUGCAGCACGUAGAAUACUGGGUACAAGUGGUCCAAAGUGAAAUAAAAAAACUGAAGUAAAAUUCUCAAUCUUAAGCCAGUUUAGGCAUUAAACGUUUGUGCCUUGGUCUGUUAACAUGAUAUCUGUAUAAAAUGACAAAAGAGAACCAGUGUUGAGUCGUGCUACACACUGUCCGUCAUUCUGCAUUCUACCAGAUGCUAACUGUGUUCCUUCCAGGAAGUUUGAUUGAAUUACUCUACCCAAUCUCUGUGUUGCUAACAUACAUGACAGUCACAUCAUUGUUAAGAGAUUUCAGUAAUGAAAAUGAGAAACAGAUGCUUAUUUUCCUAUCAAACUGUUCCUCAGAACUACAUCAUUCUGAUGGCUUUGUGCUAUUGUACUUGGAUGUCUUCAGCUGAGUAUAGUUUCGGGGAUCCCUUCUAGUACAGGAAGAUACUGCUGUCCUCAACACUGUGAUCUGACCUGUGACACGUCUGUACCAUACACUCUGUAAACGGCUAACAAGUCAGCUACAAACUGAAUGUACAAAUCUUAGUGCUGGUGCUGAAAUCUCUUCAGAAUAGUCUUGAUUUAAAAGUUUGUUUAAAAAUCUGCAAGCAUUGUCAAUCAAAACUGAAGAUGAAACACUAAUGAAUGUUGACUUCUCAUGCUUUAGAUAUAUUUUCCUUUGUAGAUUUUUCAGUUCUCUGCUGUUUUUACUGUUACUGUUUCAUUUAAAUUUCCUAUAUGCUAACUUUGUUUGUGAGAUUGAAAUAAAAUUACAAUAUAUACA